AUUUUGGUUGCUACAGCACGGUAUGACUGAAAGAAGCUUCGAAGAUCUCGUGGAGGAGGCAAAUAGCGCGUCCGUUGAAGGCUGGGACUUCUCAUGGCUGGACGGACGUGCUCUUGAAGUACGUCCUUCAUGGGGAUAUCAACGAUCAAUGGGCGAACGUAUGGCACGAGCUAGCGCAGCACUUGACAUCCAAACAGGAGGAGGAGAAGUUCUCGCAGGGAUCCCGAAAAUCCCCCCUCUUUGUGUGGCAACGGAAUCUUGGCAACCCAAUCUAGCCAAGGCCACCAAAUUACUACACCCAAUAGGCGUUGCUGUCGUCUUAGACAACGAUGAGCCGCCACUUCCGUUUGCCGAUGAUGCCUUUGAUCUUGUUGUCAGCCGUCAUCCUGUUAAAGCAUACUGGGCAGAAGUUGCGCGUGUGCUCAAACCCGGCGGCAUCUACUACUCACAACAAGUUGGGCCUGAUAGCGUAUUGGAAGUAUCCAAAUUUUUCUUAGGGCCAUUGGAAGGCCGUGUAGAUACUCGGCAUCCAGAGAUGGCCAGAAAGGAUUGCGAAGAGGCUGGCCUGGAAGUACUGGAUUUGCGUAUGGAAACACUCCGAACCGAAUUCUACGAUGUGGGAGCUGUUAUUUAUUAUUUAAGAAAAGUCAUCUGGAUCGUGCCUGGCUUUACCGUUGAAAAGUUCAUGCCUCAACUUAAAGCUAUGCAUGAGCACAUCAAGAGAGAAGGAUGCUUUAAGGCCAAUACAACCCGAUUUAUUAUUGAGGCUCGAAAGCCAGGAGAGAAGAAGGAAUAGAAAAAAUGUUACCACCGCUACACUUUGCCCCAUUUGCCUUGCCAUGAAUAAACCACUUUUAUCAAACCCCCACCGUUGGCAAUAUGUGAUUUUCUCACAUCAGACU